AUGUGUCUGAACAAACCCCAUCGCGCCAAGCGAAGCGUGCACCCCGCCUUCGCCAACGUCGACCCGGGUACGGUGUGGACCUUUUCUGGGUGGACUCCGGGCGACCGUCUGCCCACCCAAAUCAUCGGUUGGGAGAUCAACGCCGCCAGCGCUCUUCCCGCCAUGCGCUGGCUGAUGGCCGGUGCAGAGAUGCGCCAGACGUCUUCGGUGGCCUACCAGCAGUACCGCUUCUGUGCCCCCGAUACCGUUCCUCCCAACGUGCCGCUCCCCAUUGCUCGCCUGUUCCGGGCCCCCGCCAUGCCACCUGGCACUCCCAUCGUCUCCGUCAUGGACGCCUCGUACGUGCCGAACUCUCAACCUCCCGCCAUCCGCGCUCGUACACCUACUCCGCACUGUGGUGCGCUGUCGGGACUCUGGCCCAUCGAAGUGUACGACCCGGCCGCCGUCGACGUGACCGAUGCGCCCCGCAGUGUGACCGACGAAUGGUGGGGGACCGAAGACAACCCUCCCCGCUUCCGCGGCGACGAAGCGUACGUGCUCUUCCAUGCCGCCGUGCUGGAGACCACGAUCGUCUUCAACGCCCUCUGCAUGCUCCGCAACAAGGCAUUCAGCCGCAUGUCCGACGAAGCCUUGUCGGCUACCUUUGCGAAUCCCCUCGACCCUCUCGCCGACUGGCCCGACGCCGGGGGAUGGCCCCACAAUGAGAUCGCCGACCUCGUGACUGAGCAGAGUCGCCGCUGGCCCGCGUGUGAAGCUAUCAAGCUUGGCAUCCAGUGGCACGGGCAUCUGACCGGCACUCGCGCUAAUUGGAUGCUGGAGCGGCCCAUUCGCUUGAUGAUUGACCUCGCACAGUUUGAGAAGAGGCUGCUGGAGAUCCGCACGGUGAAGGGGGUCAUCAAAAGUGCGCUGGAUGCUCUCGCCGCGUGA